AUGUCUGGAGGCAAAAUAAAAAUGGGAUCUCCAGGGGCCUUGGCCAGAAGCCAACCCCAAGGGCCAGGGUCUCACUCUUCCCAAAGUGUCAGUUCCCCUGACAUUUCUGUUGCUCUUAUCCCCAGGAUGGCAUCAGGCAGGAUGCGCUGCACCCGAAAGCUCCGGAACUGGGUGGUGGAGCAAGUGGAGAGCGGGCAAUUCCCAGGAGUGUGCUGGGAGGAUGCGGCCAAGACCAUGUUCCGGAUCCCAUGGAAGCACGCAGGCAAGCAGGACUUCCGGGAGGACCAGGAUGCCGCCUUUUUCAAGGCCUGGGCGGUAUUCAAGGGGAAGUACAAGGAGGGGAACUCGGAAGGCCCUGCCAUCUGGAAGACUCGUUUGCGCUGUGCUCUCAACAAAAGUUGUGAAUUUGAGGAGGUUCCUGAGAUUGGCCAUAGGGAUGGCGCUGAGCCCUACAAGGUGUACCGGCUGCUGCCAUCAGGAACUGUCCCCGCUCAAUCAGGGACCCAGAAAUUACCAUCAAAGCGACCCCACAGUUCUGCAUUCUCUGAGAAGAAAGAGGAAGAGGUUACCACAAAGAACUGCAUACUCAGCCCCUCCUUGCUCCAGGAGCCCCCUCAGAAUGAGACAGUGGAGACCAAUGGGGGAGCUGGCCGUUUAGACUUCGGGAGCAGCGGAAGCAGCAGCAGCAGCAGCAACAGCCCUGAGCGUCAGGAAGGUGGGGACACAGCUGAGGCUCUUUUCCAGGGAGAAUUGCUGUCCCUGGAGCUUCUGCCCCCUCCAGAUUCAGACUACUCGCUGCUGCUCACCUUCAUCUACAACGGGCGUGUGGUGGGUGAGGCCCAGGUGCAGAGCCUAGACUGCCGCCUCGUGGCUGAGCCCUCAAGCUCCCAGUGCAGCAUGGAGCAGGUGAUAUUUCCCAAACCCGACCCAUGCGAGCCCGCCCAGCGCCUGCUGAGCCAGCUCCAGAGAGGGGUCCUGCUGGCCAGCAACUCCCGGGGCCUCUUUGUGCAGCGCCUCUGCCCCAUCCCUAUCUCCUGGAAUGCGCCCCAGAUGCCAUCUGGCCCGGGUCCGCACCUGCUGCCCAUCAACGAGUGCGUGGAGCUCUUCAGAACCAACUACUUCUGCAGAGACUUGGCCAGGUACUUCCAGGGCCUGGGGCCCCCACCCAAGUUUCAGGUGACACUCAAUUUCUGGGAGGAGAACCCUGACCCCAGCCACACCUCACAGAGUCUGAUUGCGGUCCAGAUGGAGCAGGCCUUUGCCCGACGUAUGCUGAAGGAGACCCCAGAGGAGCAGGCGGCCACCCUGUCUCUGCUGCAGAGCCUGCAGGACCCGCUGCCUUCUCUCCUCUCUAUCCCGCCGGUCUUCUUUGAGACAGCCUCAGCCUCCUUGCUGUCGACCUGCCUCCCCCAGUGAGCGUUCUCAUUGGUGGCCUGUGGUGACUUUGUCCCUCAGCUCCUCAUGGACACCGAUUGGUGGGAAACUCAAGAAUAACUUUUUUUUUUUUUUCAAUUUUGUGAUAUACCCUCUUUCAUCUCUGAGGAACUGAACAGGCAAGUCCAAAUGGUGUGAACUCAGUGGGCCCUUCCCUCCGCCCCCAACCCUAAAACCUAGCACUUUAUAUUUUUGUCUUAGAUCUUCACUAAGGAUUUAAAAUAAAAUG